AUGAACGAGGGUGAAUCGACCAAAUCUGAAGUAAUACAAAGUUUGCUUUCAGAUACUCGACAAAAAUUACGCGAAUUAGCUGACUCGAUUAUCAGCAGAGAAGCAGCGAUUAAAGAGCUGCAAGAAAAUAUUAUUGAAGAAAGUUCAGAUACAGGCAACAGAACCAUUGAGAACUAUAUCAGCUGUUGGAGAAAGUAUUAUGAAACCUACUUUGGAUAUGUAUUAUUCCAAAAUGCCGCCAACGGACCUGUGGAGUAUGGUACCUUCACUGUGGACCAUUCUGUUCAACAAUGUUUCAAGGAAGAGGCUGAGGCUCACGAAGCUCAGUGGCAAUCAGUAUCAGCAACAGUUAACUGUGAACUUUAUGAACCAUCAGGAAACAAAAAUGAUCUUCAGGAAGUGAAGAAGUUAAUACGAAAAUCAUACCAUGACCAAAUGCAAUUUGGUGAUAGCAUUUUGUUCAAGAAAAUUCAUGAAACUACCCUUAAGAAUUUGAAACGAGUAGGAGGAAGAAACUAG